AUGUUCGCUGUCCAACCUCAGCAAGAGUCCUCAGGAUCAGAAGACGUGAAUUCAACAAAGAACGUUACUCCCAAUAUUCUUCCUUGUCGAAUUCAUCAUGACGGUCCUGUUGGGCCCCUGGGCCGCUACUGGAAGUCCGAAACCGAUGAAAAAGAUAAAAACCUACAAACUGCCUACUUCCGCGGCCGUAAGCUGCGAGGUCGGCGUGUUGCAAUUCCAGAAGGUUAUGAAGGGAUUGUCGCGCUCCCAACAGAGCGUGUAAUGCCAUCGACGCAACGCAACGCAAAUUCUACGAUCAACGAGGAAACGGAACAGGAAGAACCAGUCAAGAUCCUGGAGAAACAGGCUACUUUCAAUGAAUAUGUGGUGUGGGGUCAUGAACUGACACCUGCGGCGGAUGACUCCUUCGUCAAGGGAGUUGAAGAGUGGCUGAAAUUGGCAGAAGCGGUGGGUUAA